CUGAAAAAACAAAAACAUUAUUUUAAUUUCUCAUUCACCUCAAAGAAAGGGCAACCGAUUUGGUUUUUCCGGUGAACCGUCGUGGUUCCAUGUUUCGAUCACCGUGAAAGAAAUGGAUAUUCGCUCUGAUUAAACUCACCGGCGAAGAAGAAGGAGAAGAAAGCUUAAAUGGAUUCGGAAGAAACGGCGACGAAGAAUCAAAAGAGGGGUUUCUCUUCGUUAGCUAUGCGAUUCUGUACAGCGAUAGUUUUCUCGAUCAUCGGUUUCUUCUUCUUGUCGUUUCUAUUAGGGAUCUUAGUGAUUUUAUUCGGCGAAUUGUGGGUUUCUUCUUCUUCCUCCGCCUCUCAUGCUUCCCGCUGCAAAAUCGUUUCCAGUUCGGUUGAUCUAAGGUCUUCCAAAGUGUGCGGGAUUGGACUUUUGAACAUCAAAGCACAACAUGUGUUUUACCCUUUUGAGAGAGAUAAAUUCAGAUGUCGCUAUGAUUACUAUUGGGCUUCUGUUUUCAAGGUUGAGUAUACAGAUCACUUGAUGGGUCAAACAAGGCUAGCCUUCUCAGAAGCACCUGAUGAAGCCCUUCCUCCUGAGUGCAGACCUAACUUUGGUGCCGCUUUGCUUACCAAAGAUAACUUCAAGGUGAAUGAAACGUAUGACUGCUGGUACACGCUAGGGAUUCCAAAGAUUAAGCUUUAUAGGGAUGGCUUUUUCGGUUGCCAAGCAGAUGAUCUUUCUUUUACCGACUUUUUUAAACAAUACGCUGUCUUAUUCUCCAAAUUGUUACAGUCGUGGUUAAGUGUAAAUGGAAGAGGGAAGUACUGGAGAUAUGAUGUGAUCGCUGGCAUUGUAUCUGGCUUCUCAACUUCCAUUUUCACAGUCUUCAUCGUACGGAUCUUAAGACAUGCAAAAUCUUGGUUCCCUCGAGCUUGUUGUUCAGUUAAAAGCCAGCUUUCUGAAGUGAACGUCUUGGUGCAAGUGAAGCGUGCUUGUUUGGUUGUUGUUUACUUCUCCAUCCUCGGGUGGAUGGCUACACAAUACUUGAAAAUUCUUUUUCCAAAGGCUUAGAGAA